ACCAGCAGUGUAUAUAGUGCGCCAUGGUACCCCGCCCCGCCCCGCAGUCCGCGACACCCCCCCUCAUCCCCGAGUACUUCGCGGGGAGGGAGGUGCUCAUCACCGGGGCCACCGGGUUCAUGGGCAAGGUGUUGGUGGAACGGCUGCUGUGGACCUGCCCCGACAUCGCUCGGCUGCACCUGCUGAUGCGGCACAAGAAGGACUGCGCGCCAGACAAGAGGCUCGCACUCCUCAAACAGUCACAGGUGUUCGACGUAGUCCGCGAGCAAUGUCCGCAGCAGCUGGACAAGCUGUGCGUGCUGCCGGGUGACGUCACCAAGCCAGGGUUCGGCCUCGACCAGGUUGCACUGCACCAACUCAACCAGGUGUCGGUGGUGUUCCACUCGGCGGCGACGCUGAAGUUCGACGAGCCGCUGGCGGCGGCGGCCGAGCAGAACGUGCGGCCCGUGCUUACCCUCAUGGACAUCUGCGACCAGCUGGCCAACGUGCAGGUGUUCAUCCACGUGUCGACGGCGUACAGCAACGCGGAGCUGUGCGCGGUGGAGGAGCGCGUGUACGCGGCGCCGCUGGCCCCGCGCCGACUGCUGGCGCUCGUGGACGCGCUGCCGCCCGCCCUGCUGCAGGAAAUCACGCCCAGACUGAUCGCGCCGAAGCCCAACACGUACACGUUCACGAAGGCGGUGGCGGAGAGCGCGGUCAGCGAGCGCGCACCCGCCGCGCACUACGCAUGCGCCAUCUUCAGGCCCUCCAUCGUGGUGUCCUCCCUGCGGCACCCGUUCCCCGGGUGGAUCGAGAACCUGAACGGCCCCAGCGGCGUGGUGGCGGGCGCGGGCAAGGGGCUGCUGCGCGUGCUGCGCUGCGCCGCGCGCCGCCGCGCAGACAUGAUGCCCGUCGACAUAUGUAUCGACACGCUCAUCGCCGUCGCCUGGGAGACCGGCGUCGAUGACACCCGCGAGGCGCGCGUGUACCAGUGCGCGUCGAGCGCGCACGCGGCCACGUGGGGCCAGUUCCGCGCGCGCAUGCUGCGGCUGGUGCGCGCGCAUCCCUUCGACGGCGCGCUCUGGUACCCCUGGGGGGUCAUCUGCGAGAACACUGUGAUCCAGAAGGCGCUGGAGACGGUGCUGCAGACGGCGCCGCUGUGUCUCGCGCACUGCGUGCUGAAGGCGUGUGGGCUCAAGCAGAAGCCGAGCCUGUGGACGGCGUGCAAGCGGCUGCAGGCGAUGAACCAGGCGCUGCAGUUCUUCGCGACGCGGCACUGGGAGUUCGGCACGGCGCGCGUGCAGCGGCUGGCGGCGCGCCUGCACGCCGAGGACACCCUGCGGUACAACCUGCGCCCCGAGACCAUCGACUGGGAGCAGCACUGCGUGGACUUCGUGAAGGGCACGCGCCGGUACCUGCUGCGGGAGCGAGACAGCGAUAUACCCGCCGCCAGGAGGAGGAUGAAACUAUUAACCGUGGUUCACAACGCUACGUUGUUGUUUGCAAUUUUCAUCAUGUGCCGUUUUACGGUUCGGACAGCGCCCGCCAUCUUGCGGGGAAUAGCGGUACUAACGCGACUACGGAAUAAAACUGCGCUAGCGAGUUGAAA